ACCAGAUCAUUGCUGCAGUUCUCCAGCAGGAGAUCUCUGUAAAUGCACUGUGAGCAUGGCUGAGACAUUCCCACUUCUCCUACAACAGACCAACAGUCACAGCAUUGAUCAUGGAAGAAAAGAAAAACCACACUCCGGCAAAUGUGCAUGGGCAGAGACCCUUUCUUCAACAAAAGAGACAUUUUCAGAUACAGACUUCUCACCGGAAGAAUGGGAAUGUCCAGACUGUGAACAGAGGGCUUUGUACAUGGAUGUGAUGUUGGAGAAUUACAACAAUCUGCUUUUUGUGGGUUGAAUCCUGAAGUAUGCGCUGUUGUGUAAGUGUCCUGGAGACUAGAAUGAUCCAUUCUUAAAGAAAGCUGAUUAGGGCAGGACCACAGCACUCAAAACAGCUUCAAGAACUCUCCAGCACUGACAGGAUUCAAUGUGUUUAACUCAAAUGAAGAAGCUGAGAGAAGUCAUAACCCUUAGAAGAAUAAUUUAACCACUAAGAAAGGAUGCUCUUCACUUGUACAUAUGCUUACAGGUAUGCAAUGUGUUCCAGGUGUGCAUUUUUCAUAAGCUGUUUUAUAGCUGGUUUUGAUUUCCAUGAUAGCAACUGUGUUUGAGACCUUUAUGCUCUGAUAAGCAACUGCUUCCCCAUAUUCCUGUAGACAAUUCUAAUAAAGCAUUUAGUUCAACGAGUUGAACUUCAUUUUGUUUACACUUUCCCGAUGGGGCAAGUAGAUAAACGUGCAUGUUGUACCUCCCCAAGAAUUGUAUUUCACAAAUAUGUGCCCAACUCAGUAUUUGUUUCUCCAAAUUUGUUGAAAACAAGAGCUUGAUAAUAGCAUAGCAGUUAUCAGCCUGUUGUCUGUGACUCCUUUGGGAUUCAAAGACCCUUUCACAUGGGUUCCUAAGAUACAGUACAACAUAUUUUAAAUCAUCUUAAUAACUGAGAUAUUGUGCCUUCUCAUCUCUGUGUGUAAAUGUGUCAGGUUAAGUCAUCUGGAGCAUCAUGGUUGUGGCCUUUGGUAAAUUACAUAAAGUUUACCACUGUGAUUUUAGCAAUAACAUGUUCUGUUGCAUGUAAAUGUAAAUUUUUCUGAUUUGCUGCCCUCAAUUCCUUCAAUAAAACCAAGCUUCCAUCUUACAUGUA